AUGGCUAAUCGUUUCGAUCUUCCUCUUGAAAGUAUUGAUCCGAAAGAUAUUCGUUCAAUUGUUUUAUCUGGUUCUGAAUUAGCUCAAAUGUCAUCAAAACAAUUAGAUGAAGUUCUGAUAUCAUAUCGUGAAAUCGUAUUUGCUCGAACGUCUCCUCAACAAAAAUUGAUUAUUGUUGAAGGUUGUCAAAGACAAGGCUGGAUUGUCGGUGUUACUGGUGAUGGUGUUAACGACUCACCGGCUCUUAAAAAAGCUGAUAUUGGAAUAUCAAUGGGUAUAACUGGCUCUGAUGUCAGUAAACAAGUGGCAGAUAUGAUUUUACUGGAUGACAAUUUUUCAACAAUAGUUGCUGGUGUUGCAGAAGGUCGACUUAUGUUUGAUAAUUUGAAAAAAGUUAUUGCUUACACAUUCACAAAAAAUUUAUGUCAACUAUUACCAUUUCUUCUCUAUGCAAUUGUUGAUAUUCCACUUGCAUUAAGUACAAUAACUAUAUUGUGUAUUGAUCUAGGAACUGAUAUUGUACCUAGUAUAACAUUUGCAUAUGAACAAGCCGAAGGAGAUCUUUUAGAACGACCACCGAGAAAAAGAACUGAUAAAAUGUGUACCGUUCAAUUGGUUACACUUUGUUAUGGACAGAUGGCAAUGAUUGAAGCAAGUGGCGCUUUUUUUGCUUUUUUUGUUGUUAUGGCUGAAAAUGGUUGGUGGCCAUCAAGAUUACUUGGAAUACGAAAUGCAUGGGAUUCCGCUGCUGUUAAUGAUCUUCGUGAUAGUCAUGGUCAAGAAUGGACAUAUGAACAAAGACGUAAUCUCGAUUUGUCUGCACAAUCCGCAUAUUUUAUUGGUAUUGUUAUAACACAAAUUGGAAAUUUACUUGGAAAUAAAACAGUUCGUCAAUCAAUAUUUGACAAAAGCUUUUUUCGAAAUACGUUGAUGUUAUUGUCCAUUGUAUUUGCAAUUGGUCUUGCUUGUUUUCUUCUUUAUAUUCCAAAACUUAAUCGAGCACUUAAUCUUGCACCAAAUCGAUUUCUUUGGUGGUUACCAUCUGCUCCUUUUUUUCUAUAUUUAUUAGCAUUUAAUGAAAUACGAAAGCUUUUUAUUCGAAAAUAUCCUGGCCGAUUUCCAUCACGUCAACUCACAUUGUGA